AAAGUGCUAAUCAAAACACAAACAUCACCUUUAUUCAGUGCUAAACGGUAGAAGAAAAAGUUUUUGUCUAUUAUUUUAUUAUCAAACCUUUCUAGUGUUUCGCGGGAGGAGUUCGAAUUCUAACAAUAUUGAAGUGAGCAAUCCGAAAAUAAAAUAAGUGCACGUUGAUUGCGUUUCUAUCUUCAUAUGUGUUCAGUGUUUGGUGAUUGUAAUCAAAAUCUUGAGAUUCUUCCGGUAAACAAAAAAAGUUAAAAACGAUGACCACUGGCACAAAACAGGAGAACUGGCGUGAUGUUAUAGCGGAAAGACUUCGGGGACGGAACAGAAAUGAGACUUCGAGAUAUGCAGACAUCAUCGCAUACAAUAACCGCCUAUUCGACGCUGCUGCUAAACUUCGCCAGGAAAAUCUGGAACUCAAAAUUGACAAAAAGAUUCGCGACAGCUCUGGUGGAACAGCCGGAGCUGAUCUGGCAGCCAUCACCAACGCUCAAAUCCAAGCGCUCGAGAAAAAAGUCCUAGCUCAACAGGAAGAGCUAACCGAUCUCCAUAAGCGCAAAGGCGAACAUUCGCAAUCGAUCAUUACUUUGAACCAGAAGCUUACUGAAUUACAACGAACCCUUAACGAGAAAGAAAGAUUUCUUGCGGAACAGUGUGCAAUGAAUGUGGCUAUCAGAGAUGAGCUGGAAGAGCUUAAGACUUUGCACAUCACAAUCAAGGACGAGUCAUUAGCUUCACAGUUACGUGCUAAUGCUGCGGAAGAAAAAUUGAGGGCGGUUCAAGAUGAGAACAAUAAAUUGUUGGCAUUGCUGAUGGAGUACAAGUCACGCGAUGCGGAAAUCAUGAAUAAGGAAAAUGACAAAUUUUUCAAAGAAAAGAAAGCAAGAAUUGAAAGUGAGCUCGAGCGUGCAAUCAAGGAUAUUCCCGGGCCAUCGUCGUUAGGUGGAAUCGGAUCCGAUAUGGAUCGAUUCGAUUUUGGCUCUGACGGCCCUCCAGAGGGAAUAGAGUUUAAAUUUGACGCUCAUGAUGGUGAAGUGAAUGCAGUCCGUUGGAGUCCGGUAGAGCGAGUAGUGGCUACCGGAGGUGCUGAUAGAAAAGUCAAACUGUGGGAUGUGGGAAAAGGCAUUUGUGAACCAAGGGGUGCCUUGGUUGGAAGUAAUCAAGGUAUCAAUUCAUUAGAAUUUGAUAGCACCGGUUCAUUGAUUUUGGCUGCAUCGAAUGAUUUUGCGAGUCGUGUAUGGACUGUUUCAGAUCAACGUCUUAGGCAUACUCUAACGGGUCACAGUGGAAAGGUGCUGGCAGCGAAAUUUCUUGGAACCACCUUCCUGGUCACGGGAAGCCACGAUCGGACGCUUAAAAUCUGGGACCUCAAAAAUCGGUCGUGUACGGAAACCAAAUUCGCCGGCUCCAGUUGCAACGACUUGGUCACGACCGACAGCUUUUCCAUCAUUAGCGGUCACUUCGAUAAGAAAAUCCGUUUCUGGGACACCCGAACGGCUGACUGCACCGCCAACGAUGUCCCGCUGCAAGGUAAAAUCACCUCGCUGGACCUAUCCAAGGACGGCAAGUUUCUGCUGUGCUGCGUGAGGGACGAUACCAUCAACCUGCUCGACCUGCGGCAAAAUAAGAUUGUGCGGACGUUCCGACAUGAUCUCUAUAAAGUGGGAUGUGAUUGGGCUCGGAUAGCUUUUAAUCCCACAUGUCAACGAAUAGCUGCCGGAGCAGCUGACGGGUCCGUUUAUAUCUGGAAUAUAAACGGUCCUCUGGAAACAGUGUUAAAGGAUCCCAAGUCUGAUCGUCAUUGGUUUUUUCACAGUGGAAGUGGCGCCGCGGUGACCGCCGUCAGUUGGCACCCAUUCAGUUCCGUCCUGGCAUCGGUAGAUCGGGCGAAAAAGUGCACAAUCUGGUCGAACGCUUAGCGAACCGCCAUCAGUCGAUUCCGAACCGCUAUCAAGACUUGUUUCUGCAGUUCUAUAGUCUCCGCUCCAUUCGAUCGUCCCUCUUAUCGAAGCAUCACCAUUUCGUCACAAGCAAAAAAGGGAUCCGCUGCGCGUGUUUGUGGUGUCGUCAUUGUACAUUUGUGCUACGUUGUAUGAGCGAGUUACAGUGUUUUUGUAUCAAAAGAAAAAAGUGUUUUUUUUCGUAUUAAAAUUCUAGAUAUUACGUUUUCUCUAAUAUACAUUUGAAAUUUUCUACUUUGAAUAAUUUUACAAAAGUUUUUCGGUGAAUAUGAUAUAUUGCGCGUUUCCACAAUAGAAAUGUAUUCUUUAGAACGAUGACUAUUGAGAUACAAA